AUGGUGAGGCGGCUACCCAUCUUCGUUUUCCUCAUCACCCUCGUCCAUGGACGGCGGUUAGACGACGUUUUUUGGAGCUCGACGAAUCCGAUCUUCGAGAUCAGCAGCAACGCGCACGUGAUCACGGCGCAGGUGGGCGAUCGCCUGAAAAUUCAAUGCUCCGCCCCGACGAAUGCUGAGGAUUAUGAAUACUCCAUUAUUUAUGCGGUGUCAUCCGAGGAGUAUCAACACUGCUACCUCGGCGCAAACCCGCAUAGAGUCGGAGCUUGCGAUUCACCGACGACCCAGCAGUCGUUAUCCAUCGUCUUCCGCCAGUUCAGCCCCACCCCCGGCGGGCUCGAAUUUCAGCCUGGCCAGACGUACUAUUUCAUCACAACUUCAAACGGUAGAAGUGACGGCAUCGAUCGGCGAAGAGGUGGCCUUUGUGAGACGAACAAAAUGAAACUCAAAUUUGAUAUAUUACCGGAAGGCGACCACAUCAUCCGACCAAAUCCAAAGUUUGCCGCCCGAACGUAUGAGGACACCACCCCGGUAAUGUACAUAAUCCACACCGACGAUUCGAGCGAGUUGGACGAAGACACGGCCACCUCCAGCGUAUUUCUCCUCGCAGUCAGCUCCGUGCUUUUGAUGCAUUUGUUG